AUGCACCACUUUCAACUUCAGCUUCCGUACGUCGAAAUAUUGCUGAUGGUGGCAACGCAGCCAAUAGCAACCAACAAAGACUCAACAACGGUCAAAGCAGCCUGUCACGAGGUGGCUUUCAACGACAAAUUGGCAGCAGCGUUCAAGCAGAAAAUAGAUGGACUGGCAGCCAAGAAAAGUCAAUUACUCAAGGAAGCGGAAGCACUGGACGCAGCUGCAUGUCUAGCAACAGACCAUAAGACCAAAAAAGCGACCCGGAUGCUAGCGUCAAUAGGGAGUUCUAGAGCGGCUGCCACUGAAGCAAAUGCCGACGCUGUAAAGCAGCUAAAAGCUAGUAUCGAAACUCUAAAACGGAGAAACGCUCAGCUCAUGGCAGCAAUCGCAUUCAACACCAAAGGCGACUUGACAAUAAGCCACGAUGCUUCAGCGCAGAAAUCCGAUCUAAUAGGCGGGGCCGGCGCUAAAUCAUGUAGUGUAACGAUCACACAGCCACCUAAGAACGAGCACGGCUGCCAAUCAUCACUCGUCAAUGACCCUGCCAUCAACGACGACGUAAACAACGUUCAAAACCUUGAUUCGUAUCAGGCGAUCCACGACAAGGCUUUUCAAUUAACAGACAUAGCAGCCGACAUAGGCAACAAAGGCGACUACGGUUCGGCCACGCCGGCGACCCACAACAAGAAGAUAGCAUGCGUCGACACUGGCGACAGAAGCAACAAACUUGGAAGCGUUGCUAAAGGCAUAAUCCUAACAAACUUCGCCCGCAAAGCCGACUGGAAUACGCCAACUAAAAACACGAUAAAAAGCAAAGGAGACGGUACAGACUGUGAAGACGACCAGGACUCCGACAAGAAAGCUUUUGUAACAGCCAAAGCAGCAGGGUAUGCCAUAUGCAAUGGCCGCAGGCAGACCGUCACGGAACCAGAGACACUGAGCCAGUUAACUAUGGACGCCCUAAAGGAACAAAAAGAUGUGCAAGAAGCCGCAAUGCUCAUAACAGCUGGACCAACGGCGGAACUCCCAGACACCGACAAACAAAAGGAAGCAGUAGUAGCACUUGUAGGUGAAGGAAAAACAACAGUACAUGACAAAUUCUUAAAGGACAUGGAAGCAAACAAACUAGAUUUCAAAAUCGGCGACAAACACGUUAACAAAGGUAUAGUGUCGAUAAGUGGUACCGAGGACUAUGCAAGAGCGAUAGGCUUUUGUUUAGGAGACCAAUACAGAAAAGAGAAAGCGCAGAAGAAAGUUGAAUCAGUCACAGCAGCAGCACCGGAAAAUAACAAAGAAUGCAAGGGAGAAACUGACGAGGGCAAAUGCAACGAAAAGGUUGGCUGUGAAUUCAAAGAUGGAAAAUGCGAAGCUAAAGUUACAGAGACAACAGGGACUAAUGGUAAAAUCACAAACACCACCGAAAGCAAUUCUUUUGUCAUUAACAAGGCCCCUAUUUUGCUGGAAUUUUUAGCUCUAUAA